GAGGGAUGUCGGUAUGCGCUGCAACGACAACAAUAAUAACACAUAACACUAGCAUGGACGAUGCUUCCAUUUGUCUUCCUGGAGAUUGAACUCUGCUUUCUCAAUUCUCCCCAGCAACCUAUUCCUCCUCCCCUCAAUGCUAGUUUCACUUCCGGUUGACUGUGUGAAGAGCAAAUAGCACCCCAGUGCUUUACGGUCAGCGAUGGAGUUUUCUCUCGAUGGCGCCGUUGGCCAGAAUCUGGCAGAUGAACCACACGGCGCUGAAUUUUCUGAGCUUCAAUUCGCAAUUGCUGAAAGUCCUAAGAAUGAAAAACCGGAUGAUCCUAGUGAUGAUUCUUCACCACCGGUUCAUUUAGCUUCGGCAUUUUCAAGCGCCCCUAAGUCUGCAAUCUCGACUCCGUCUUCAAAAUCUUCGUGUCCUCCUCCUCCUUCGAGACCUCCAACAAAGAAAGAGCUGCUGCUUAACAAUUUAGACAAUUUCAUUCCUGUUGGAAUCCUGAAGGUCUUCGAUCCUUCUUCGGUGACCCGCUCCAAAGACACAGACUUUUUGCUGGCAGAAGUCAACAAAUUGCUACAGGCUGGAUGGGUUCGGACUUCCAUUUAUGAGGACGGAAACUAUCCUGGGUGGAAGGCUAUCCGUAUAUAUGUCUUACCAGAGGAUGUUGGAAGAUCAAUUAUUCAGCGUUCUAGUACAGCCUUCCGUCGCUCAUUGAGGGUUGUCAUGUCGAGAUUGGAUACCUCUCCUGAGGCAUGGACUGGCAAUUUUGACCCCUUAGCGGAGCAUUCAGUUAAUUCAAAGACCGAGGAUGAAUCAUUAUUCUACAUCUUCAAUACGCUCGAGUCACCAAAUCCGAACGUUGAUUCUGUACCCGACUUUUGGGCGCGGUUGGCCAUGGCAUCGGCUCUCAAAGGGAACUCUGAUAGCGAUGCUGGUAAGAAUGUGGGGAUACGAGGUCUCAAGACUCCUCUGUAUCCAUACCAACGUCGCUCUGUCGCAUUCAUGAUCCAGAAAGAGUCCGAGCCUGGAGAAUACCCUGACCCAAGGUUGCAAGCUUUCAAAGGGCCCACUGGGCGAACGUAUUACUAUGAUCGGGAAGAAGGCGCAAUUACUCGUGAUCAACGUCUUUAUUCUGGGCCAUGUGGAGGGGUUCUUGCAGAAACUAUGGGUUACGGGAAAACGCUAAUAUGUCUAGCUGUUAUCCUUGCGACGAAAGGUUAUUUUCCGCGAAUACCCUCCACCCAUCUACAAGAAUUGCACCCUGUGAGAGCGAAAACUGGCUCUCUGUUUGAAAUGACUGCAUCUGCAGUGGGGCGUUUUUCAGUGCCAUGGAAAUCCUACUUUGAGCAUUUGAAUGACUUGGGCAUGCACUACGUAAACUGUACUCGUGCUUGCGAGCAUAGUCAAGGCUCAUAUACGGUCAUCCAGGCUCCAAAGUCCAGCAAUCGCAUGGGAAUUAAAUCCAGUUAUUUGCGACUUGCAUCUGGGACUCUAGUCAUAGUUCCACCGAAUCUGGUUGACCAUUGGCUCCAUGAAAUCGAAAAGCACACUGAGGGAUUGAAAGUCUUGGUUUUGAGGGACGUGUCUGAUCGAUUACCCCCAGCUGAUGAGCUUCUUCAAUACGAUAUUGUUCUCUUUGCGAGAUCUCGGUUUGAAAAGGAGAAGGCCGGUUUUGAGCACCACUGGGCAAUAUACGAUUCACCUCUAAAAGAACUCCAUUGGCUUCGAAUUAUCGUUGAUGAAGGCCAUAACUUCGCCAGUAGUGGUGGAAAAUCAAAUGCCAUCCAUUUUCUAGAAAUGCUACAUGUCGAACGUCGGUGGGUGGUCUCUGGAACUCCUUCGGAUGGGAUGUAUGGUGUGGAGGUCAGCCUUGCAUCGCAAGAAACCCUCCCCGAAAUGGCCAUGAAGGACGACGAACGAGCUGCGGGUAUCCUGAAAUCUAGGAAGGAUGCGAGUGGCAUCAUUGACGAAGAAUUGAAAAAUCUGGAUAGAUUAAAACGAAUUGUAAUUGAUUUCCUCCGUCUGAAGCCUUGGGCCAACUCGCGUGCCCAAGACCCAGCGAAUUGGUCAAAGUACAUGACGCCAAAAGGCGUGGAUGGCAAACGGACGAUGGCGACGUCGCUUCGAUCAACCCUCCAGUCAAUUGUUGUGCGGCACCGUACUGAAGAUAUCAACAAAGAUCUGGUUUUACCAAACCUCAGUAACAAGGUUGUGUACUUGGAGCCCACUUUCCAUGAUAAACUGUCCCUCAACAUGUUUAUUUUCCAUCUGGUUGUCAAUGCCAUUACAUCCGAGCGUACUGAUAGGGACUAUAUGUUCCACCCGAGAAACAGAAAGCAUCUCGCCACUCUGAUCAACAAUCUGAGAUAUGCAGGCUUUUGGUGGACGGGUUUCGACAGGAAAGACGUUGAGGUGACCCUUGACGUCGCCAGGAAAUAUCUAGCCGCGAACGUUGAUAGAAUGACCAGAUCCGAUUUGGAUCUCCUUUGUGAAGGGAUUCAUAUUGCAGAAAAAACGAUUUCCUGUCCUUCCUGGAAUGCCUUUAGUCAAUUUGAUGAACUUGGCGUAUUCAUUCGAAACUUCCCCGAAUACGCACGGCCUAUGUGGUCCCUUGAUGAUUCGGAGGAACACCAGGAGCCACUGUUGUUAGGUAUUUCUCAGGCAAGGGAUGCGCAGAGAUUUAUUACAGCGCGCCUCUGCGCUGAGAACCCGGCCGAGGGUAUAGCUGGGGCAGGAAUAAAAACAAAGCGAGAGAUGCGACGGAGACUAGAUAACCCCACUGAUUUAAAAUCUCAGAGAGGAUCCCCUACCAAACCUCAGGCAGAAUCUGCCGCAAGCAAUGCCAAAACAAACGAUUACCUCAUUCACCGACCAAGGCCGGAAAAGCUCCCGAAGGCACAGAAAUUUUCCAGGUUCAAGACCCUCCCCGCCGAAUCACCGCUCGCAAAAGCUCAAGUUGUUGCUACGACGUCUGCAAAACUGAGCUACCUGUUAGACCGUGUCUUCGAGCUUCAAAGUGAGGAAAAGAUAAUUAUUUUCUACGAAAAUAAUAACAAUGCUUUCUGGGUUGCAGAAGGCCUUGAAAUGCUGGGCGUGGAGUUCCGAAUUUACGCAAGCACCCUUAAACCGAAAUUGAAAGCCGAGUACCUCGCGCUGUUCAAUAAUAGCGAAUGCGUGCGUGUUCUGCUAAUGGACCUCCGUCAGGCUUCCCAUGGAUUACAUCUGGCGAGUGCUUCUCGCAUCUUUAUUAUCAACCCGAUAUGGGACCCAAAUAUCGAAAGCCAAGCCAUUAAGCGAGCCCAUCGUAUAUCCCAGAUGAAACCAGUUUACGUGGAAACACUAGUUUUGAAAGAUACUCUUGAAGAUAAAAUGCUACGACGAAGGAAGCAAAUGACGAAUAUUGAGAUGCAGCAUGCCGAAAAAGACCUGUUGGAUGACCGCACGAUGAGCUCUAUUAUAAAAGAGGAAGGUUUUAUCCCAGUUUCAGAAGACGAGAAAGAUAGCGAGUCCGCGUAUAUGAAGAAUAAGCCUGGUUUCUUCGACCGACAUAAAAUGCCAAUUCCGGACAAUUUCAAUGACAAGAAGCCCCCACGCCCAGUAAUACAGCCAUCCCCUCGUCGCCGGACCCCAGCGAAGGGAAAUAAUAAAGUCUCGGAACCCAUGCCUUUCUUAGACUCAGACGUGACUCCUGGCUCUGGGAGAGGUAACAAACGGCAAAUAACCACAACCGAAGAAGUGGUGACUGAUGAUGGCAUUGUUAUGAUGGCGCCUAGAACACCAGGCCCUCGCAAACGAAGAGCCACGUCCCAUCUAACCUAUUCGAACGCAGGUAAUAACGAAAAUGCGGUCAGUUCUAAUGGCGAAUCUUCAUCUCCGGUACUCGAUAUAUCGGAUAUUUCGGGAGUGUUUAGUACCGUUCAUGCAACCUCGGGACCAAACAAUUCACUGGAGGAUCCUUUUUUAGCACCAGACCAGCCUAUAGUCUCUGCUUCCUUCUUUCUCAGUGCUCCAGCUAAUUGAAUCAAGCCGUUGGCAAUAUCCAGUCAAUUGGUUGAGGAGGUUGCAAAGCAUUCAACCCUUGGAAAGGGGUUCAUUUCACGAAUUGGCCGGUAUUGUACCGCCAAUGCAAGCCCGUCACUUCUCAGUUGAGAACCUUUCGGGAUGUUGGUUGGGUUCUGUGCCAUGGAGAAGAGAUAAAGUGGAUGAAAGAAUGGAAGAGAAAAGUGCAAAAAACGAAACCGUCAUUGGAGAAUACAGGACCUAUGCUGACGCAAUUUCUUGAACAGUGUAUAAAU